AUGGCCGGGGGGGACGGAGGGGGCUCCGGCGUGCCCGAGUGCCGGGAGCACCUCUUCAAGGUGCUCGUGAUCGGCGAGCUGGGCGUGGGCAAGACCAGCAUCAUCAAGCGCUACGUGCACCAGCUCUUCUCGCAGCACUACCGGGCCACUAUCGGUGUGGAUUUUGCCCUCAAAGUCAUCAACUGGGACAGCAAGACCCUGGUGCGGCUGCAGCUCUGGGACAUCGCAGCAACUAAUGUAGAUAAUUCUGUCUGGGUGCAGACAAACAGCUUUGGAGAUCUAAAUCUUAUG